UAUAUCCUGCUUCUUUUUUUUUAAUAAACACUCCAGAGCACCGGCCACCGGCACUGAAGAUAUCCUAAUAAAAAAAAGAGAUAACCCAGCUAAUAAUUAAGCCCUUUUCAUGACGAUCAAGGUCAAUGACAGUACAGGAAUAUUCAUGGCUUGUACAACUAACUUAGCUGCCUCCUCUCCAGAAGAUCAGAACAAAGACAAAUAAAGAAUGCUUCACGGGUGAUGGAUCCUUCAUCCUUUCAAGCAGUAGGGUGCACGAAACAGCACGGAGAUAUGAGCUCCUCUCCUCUCCUCCUCCUCCACGCGAUUCACAAUUAGAAAAGGCUUGACCUGGCCUUCGUCCACCACCGUGCCAUCUGGCCAUUUCUCUCGCCUCCUCCUCCUCCCGUGCCGACCAUUUGGCGUCUCUCCCUUACUGCCUAACACGUCGCCGCGUCGUUUCUUGUUUCCCUCUGUUUAUUAUUGGUGUUCGGAUUCGUUGGCAUUUUCGAACGGACGAGGAGCAUCGAGCUUGGUGGUGGUGGUGGUGGCGAGGCGAUGACGACCGCGCGGCAAUGGUGGCGGCGGGCGGCGGCGGCGGCGAAGGACAGGAGGAGCCUGUACCUGACGCGCGUGGCGGCGCUGCGGCCGGCCUCCCCGGCGGCGGCGGCGGCGCUGAGGAACGCGGAGCUGGAGGCGGUGGUGAUCCGGGCGACGAGCCACGACGAGCGGUCGGUGGACUACAGGAGCGCGGCGCGGGUGUUCGCGCUGGCGCGCGCGUCGCCCGCGGUGCUGCAGCCGCUCAUGUGGGCGCUCGCGCGGCGGGCGGGGCGGACGCGGUGCUGGGCGGUGGCGCUCAAGGCGCUCAUGCUCGCGCACGGCCUGCUGCUGCGGUCCGACCUCGCCCCGCGCGCGGCGCGCCUCGGCCGCGUCCCCUUCGACCUCGCCGACUUCCGCGACCGCUCGUCGUCGCCGACCAAGACGUCGGGCUUCUCCGCCUUCGUGCGCGCCUACUUCCACUUCCUGGACACCCGCUCCCUCUUCGCCGCCCAGGACAUGGACAACAACGACGACGACGACGCCGACGACGAGGACGCGCGCCUCGACGGCGUGUCGAGGCUGCAGCACCUGCUCGACCUGCUCAUGCAAAUCCGGCCAUACGGGGACGGCAUGGAGCAGGGCCUCAUCCUGGAGGCGAUGGACUGCGUCGUCAUCGAGAUCUUCGAGGUGUACAGCCAGAUAUGCACCGGCAUCGCCCGCUUCCUCGUCGGCGUCCUCGGAUCGGCGCCGACGACGCCGCGGCCGCGGCCGGGGGAGACCAUGGCCGCCGCGCGGCGGCGGAGGGGGCUGCAGGGGAUGCGUGUGCUGCGGAAGGCCUCGGAGCAGAGCGCGCAGCUCACGUCGUACUUCGAGCUUUGCCGGAGCCUCGGCGUGCUCAACGCCGCCGAGUUCCCGGCGGUGGAGCGCGUCCCCGACGACGACAUCAGGGACCUCGAGAAGCUCAUCAUGAGCCACGUGGUCGAGGACCGCGGGAAGGAGAAGGUGAGCGAGGAGAAGGCGUUGGUCGCCGUGGAGGACACCGGCGUGGCGUCGAGGACGGUGGUGACGAGAGAGUGGGUGGUGUUCGACGACGACGACGAAGACGACGGCGUCGCCGGCGCGAGGCAAGGGCAUUUUGGUCACUACGUGAACCCGUUCCUUGGCGCGCCGUGGGAAGCUGUGACGGGGAGCGGGAACUUGCUAGUUUAGACGGUCUGACCGACGCCGUCAAAGUUUUUUUUUUUCCAGAAAAGAAAUCGCAGUGUAUGUGGAAUACUUGAGUACUUCCGAGUUUUUGUUUUGCUUGUAAAUACAGAUGUGUGUUGAUCUCCAGGGAAAAUGGAUGAUCGUUUUCUUUUAGUUUCAAAACCAGUGAGGAAUGAGGAGUGAGUUGAGCUGUAGAGAACUUAUAUAUACAUAAAAAAUUUACCACUUACCAGAUCCCCAA